CAAUUUCCCACAAGUCAUUGCAGGCCACGUCCGCAGCCGCCAUAGAAUUUUGGUUUUGAACGUGGUACACGUACCUAGCAGUCAAAAUGAAUAUUUUCAGACUAUGUGGGGAUAUGUCCCAUUUGGCUGCAAUCAUAAUUUUGUUAUUGAAGAUGUGGAAGACUCGUUCUGUUGCUGGUAUUUCUGGUAAAAGUCAGAUUUUGUUUGCUACAGUCUUCACAGCAAGAUACUUGGAUCUCUUCACAUCUUUUAUUUCUAUCUAUAACACCUGUAUGAAAGUGUUUUUCAUCGGAACAGUAUAUUUCACCAUUUAUUUGAUAUACAUGAAGUUCAAAGCUACGUAUGACAGCAAUCAUGACUCCUUUCGUGUGGAGUUCCUUAUAGUACCUGUUGGAGGUCUAGCCUUUCUUGUAAAUCAUGAGUUUGCCCCACUUGAGAUUAUAUGGACAUUUUCCAUCUACUUGGAGUCUGUUGCCAUCCUGCCCCAGUUAUUUAUGAUCAGUAAGACUGGGGAGGCAGAAACAAUUACCAGCCAUUACCUGUUUGCCUUGGGAUCAUACCGUGCCCUGUAUUUGUGUAACUGGAUCUACAGAUAUUACGCUGAGGGAUUCUUCGAUCUUAUCGCAGUGGUAGCUGGUGUAGUACAGACAAUAUUGUAUUGUGACUUCUUUUAUCUUUAUAUUACAAAGGGAAAGGGCUCUCUGCUGUUUACAAAUAAUGAGAUUGUUUUCAAGGAAUCCCCUUUGCUGGAAGUUUAAACAGUCACACUUUAAUGAAAGGCAAGAAGAUAUCUUUACCAGCCUAAACCUUAGAUACUGACUAAAGUCAUGGACCAUUAUGAUAAUUCUGACUUUUUUAUUUUGGGAAGUUAGGAACCAUUUCUAAUAUUUUGCAUGCGUGAGAAAGUGAGCGAUUACUGGUGCUUUUUUUUUUUUGGUUGUCAAUGAAAAGUUGAUCAACACCAGAUGCAUGGAUACAGAAGAUUGUGCCAAUUGAUUGUUGUACAGAUUAAACCAGGGUUUAGAGAUUUUCAUGCUACUCAUAGAGAUCUAAAAAUUUGACAAUAUGAAUCGUGGGGUUAUUCUAAAAAUUUAUAAUUAAUUUAUUUUAAUUAUGAAGGCUUGGCUAUUUCAUUAAAUUUUUUUUCACAUGCCUUUAAUAAGUUAUCUGGAAAAAAAAACGGCUUCUCUCAUCCUACUUCAAUAUUUGAUAAUAGAAAAUAAAGGGAGGGUCUACUCUAGAUAGAAUAUAUUUAGCGUUUGCACAGGAACUAGCAAUUGCAUUGUGGUAAUCCUCUAUAUAGAUUUACAUUUUACAAUUUGGCCAAGUUCCAUAAAGCCAGAUGCUGUUUUACUGUUAAAGAAAGGUCAUGUGACUUUAGAGAUAGGUAGAGUUAGUCCAUACAUUUGCCAUAUUCAUCAAAUGAAUUAAAAUUGUAAACAAAAUUUAUUUAUAAUAAUGAAUAUAAAAUGUAGCAAAUGGCAUUGAGUACAAAGAGUUUAAAUACAUUGUUGAACUUUCGACAUCUAGUUAAAAAUUAGAGAGAUUAACUUCAUCUUUUAAAGGAUGAAGAAUAAUGUAUUCUCUAAUAAAUUAGUGUUAUAUCUAUUAUUGCUGCAAAACGGUGAUACCUGUGGCUUUAUAGGUCUUCCACCAGCCCAAAAAUAGACAAAAAAUGUGAUUCCUGUGGCUUUAUAGAUCUUCCACCAGCCAAAAAUAGCCCAAAAAUGUUUCUGUCUAAUUUUAUACCCCACGACUUUUAUUUUGAAAAUCAGCAGGUUUAAGUUGUGUUCCUAUUACACAUGAUACAAGGUGAUCUUUAAUUUGAUGACAAACGUUCAAAGAUGUAUUUAGACUUCUUGACAAAUUUGAAAUGAUGAGAUAUAUUGUGCAACUUGUUUAGAAAUAUGGAAUCAAUUUAUGAUGGAAAAACAGUUAUAUAUAUUUUUUUAUGUACAUCUUUUACAUAUUCUUUGACUAUUGCAUGCAUUAAUAAGUGGAAUUUUUUAUGGAGUCAAUGCUUUGAUUAUAUUAAGUGUAUAACUAUAAAAACUUGGUAACACAAUACAUAAAUAUAUGAUAAUACAUUUUUGAAUGGUAAUUUGAAAUAUAAUUCAUAGAGUUAUUCAUUAUGAAAGAUUGUUUUAGAUGUAUGUUUGAAUUUAGAAUGUUAAAGAGUUUUAUGUAAGUUUUGUUAAAGCUUUGUUGGUAUAAAGUGUUGAAGCUAUAUUCUUUUAUCUUUUCACCUUUUCUGAUUUUGUACACAGUUUAAAAAUACCAUUGAAAUGUUAUUAUUUGAUUAAUGAACUAAGUAGCUGUGUGACUUAUGCACAUAGUAAGAUAUAACAAGCAUGUAUUGCCAGAACAGAAAUUAAGUGAAAAAUAUUUUACUGAGCAACUUGAGUUUUACUGUAAAACCCAGUUGCAAAAAGUGCAUUAAAACAAUAAGUUCAAAUGAAUAUGUAUAUUCAAACAUGGUGUAGCACAACUUUUAUGAAAUCCAUUUUAAUACACCUACAUGUAUGAACAUUGAACAUUUCCUUUCAAAUAUUAAUUCAAGAGUGAACCAUGCCAGUUACAUUUGAUAGCAAAUCCAAGUUGUUUAUCAAUGUCAAUUAUCUGCUUGUAGCAUUUGCAGUUUGUUUAAAUGCUAAAUUGACAACUUUUUAACUGCUGAAAGAAUUUUUUAAAUUGUUAUUAAAGGAAGAUUUUGUUUUAAUGAAUCGUCGGAUCUCUAUAUUUUCUUUGUUUCUGAAUUAACAAAAUUGAUGCCAGUGGGGUAAUGCGAUAUUUUUAGGCGAAUGGAUCGGUAAUGUAGAUAGAUGGAUGUAUCAAAUGACGAAAUAAUGUCUGUUUGUAUAGAUCUUAUCACUCCAUUGAUAAAUAUCAGUAAUCAGUUCACAUAGAUCAAGACCUAUUGAUUUAGGUAAUAACUGUAUUGUAUGCAAAGCCUUAAAGAUUUAUAUCACAAUUUUUACUGUUGCAAAUUUGGUAACCUAGCUAUGUGUGUUGGAUUUCAUGAUUCAUUAUGUCAACUCUUCCCAUGUAGGCCCUUAAUUACAAUUUAUGGAUGAACUUUUUCAUAGAAUGUUAUUUAGUCACAUCUAAUGAAACAGAUUAAGUUAGAAUUUGAUAUGUAUAGAGUCACAGUCUAAUCUUGCAAUUUUAUUAGUUACUUUGACAGGGUAUAUGAGCCCAUAUUAAGGAAUAUGGUUGUCUUAGUUCUUAGAUGUUAUAAUAUUGUCUUGCCUAAUUCAAAUGUCUCUCCAAAUGUGUUUUGUUUUUUUGUUGCAAGCAAUUACCUGUGUACAUAAAUAAAAAACAGUCGUGGUACUUUUUUGUGAAAACAAAAUAAGCUUUUCAUUGGUAAAAACCAGUGUCCAUUUUCAUCAUCAGGACUUGUUAUUUCUUCUUUCCUUCUCAGAACAAUCUUAAAUAAAAAGUUCAAAAUGUAUAUUGCAUUGCCAUGUGACUUUACAAAAAGUGCUAACUACAUUUGGUAGGAGAGAAUGACAACUUUUUAUCGUGUUUCAAGUGCAAUUGUAUGAAAGAGAAUGAAGUCAUUAUAAAGUUUGUGUAAAUAGCAUCGUAAUGUAUUAAUAUGUGAAUAAAAUAUCACAAGUUUUA